AUGGCCUCCAUUCUCAACAUCUGCCGCCACUGGACGAUUCCUUCGGCCUCCUCUCCUUCCCUGGCGCCUCCUCCUCCUUACCUUGCUCUUCCAGCAAGUCAGCACCUCCACCGUCGCCGGCGACUGCUUCACCAGGACCCCCACACCUGCAGCCUCGCGCACGAGCUCCUCUGCUUCCUCACGCGCCACCGCAAGCAGCAGCACCACCGCGGCCCUUGCGUCGUCGAGCACCACCAGGACCAGCCCCAGUGGCACUCCAGCCGCCCGAGCACCUCCUCCUGCUCCUCCCAUCGCCUCACCGCUCCCGCAACCAGGUCGCCGAUGCACCCGACGGGAUCAAGCCGCUGGAGCACCUGCACGAGCCCUGUGUCCCCUUCCCCCGCGUCGUUCCCGGACGGCCACCUCGCCAACAUCCCAUGGCCCGAGCUUCGCGGCGCCAUGGCCUUCCCGACAUAGCCCGUUGCCCGUAGCUGCCGGAUCAGAUCCAUCCCCGAGGGAUCCACCGCGGCCCGCCAUUCCCUCUGAUGCUCCCCUGCUUCACGCCGCUGCAAGUCCCAUGCCACCGCCGCUGCUUCAUGUUGAGCAGAGGACGAGGCAUUAGGGAGCGCUUGCCUCGUCCAGCCGCAUUGACCGACCCUGCCUCGCUGACUCUCUCGACCGCCAGCCACAUCGACCACGCCCUGGGCCUCAAGCCAGGAGCAGCCCAGCAACCGGCCCAGCUACCUCUUCUCCACCGCCCGGGAUUGGCCAAUGAUGAGCGCCCCAGCACCCAUGUCCUCUUUCGGCCUGUAGCACUAAUUUGGCCCGUUAUGUUUUUUUCCUGGUCUGGACGAAUUUUUCUAAUUUUCCAGAGGCUGCUAUUUUACAAAAAAAACCUCUUUGUUCAUGCAUUUAAAAACUCAA